AUGGCUCGAGGGUUGCUGAGCCUGUUCUUUCUUUUAUUUUUUCUUUCAAUUGCUAUAGCCGAUCUUGCCGGAGACCUGGGUAGCGAGUUAAGCUCACUAAAACUUCUCGGGGAUGACAAGUACAGCUGCAGCAAAGAUAAGCCAUGCUCGAAUGGAGCCUGCUGCGGUAAAAACGGUGUCUGUGGCUUCGGUAAAACCUACUGCGGUACCACCGGCGAGUCUCCCAACGAUGCCUGCUGGAGUAAUUGCGAUGCACAUGCAGAGUGCGGCAAAGAUGCAAAAGAGCCUGGCAAAGCCUGUCCUCUCAAUGUCUGCUGCAGUGAAUUUGGUUUCUGUGGUACCACCGCAGAGUUCUGCGGUGACGGAUGCCAAAGCAAGGACAAAUGUGAACAGCCUGACUCUGGUGCCUCUUCCGGCAAUGUCCAGGAGCGCAUCAUCGGAUACUACGAGGCAUUCAAGUAUGAUUCGGACUGCCAGGGCAUGAAAAUCAAACAGAUUCCCGUUGAGAGCUUAACUCAUGUUAACUAUGCCUUCGCCUAUAUCGACCCUGAUAGCUACGACAUUGGUCCCAUGCCCGAAGUCGAGGAGAAAACCCUGAAAGACUUCACUGCUCUCAAGGAGCGCAACCCACAUGUUGUUCUUGGUGUCUCGCUCGGUGGCUGGACCUUCAACGACAAUAAAACAGAGACGCAAAAAGUCUUCGCCGAGCUCAGCUCCACGGAAGAAAACCGGUCCAAGUUCAUCGACAAGCUUCUCUCCUUCAUGCGUCACUAUGGCUUCGACGCCGUAGAUAUCGACUGGGAGUAUCCCGGUGCUCCUGAUAGACAGCCCAAAGACUGGGACUCAACGGACGAUGGCAAGAACUACGUGAAGCUCUUGCAGGACAUCCGGAAGGCCUUCGAUGACCAGGACCUUGAGUACGAGCUCUCCUUUACUGCCCCAACUUCUUAUUGGUACCUCCGCUGGUUUGACAUCCACGAAAUGGUCAAAGCCGCAACUUAUAUGAACCUGAUGAGCUACGAUCUCCAUGGUGUCUGGGAUUCUAGCAACCCAAUCGGUAGCCACGUCCUCGGGCACACCAACAUGACCGAGAUAAACCAAGCCCUAGAUCUUCUCUGGAGAAACGACGUCCCGGCUAAGAAAGUCAACAUGGGCCUGGCCUUCUACGCCCGAACCUUUGAGCUCAAGGAUAAGAAAUGCAACAAGCCCGGCUGUGCCUUCAAGCACGGCGGCAAGAAGGGAGCCUGCACUGACACCGAGGGCAUUCUUUCCUACAAUGAGAUCGUCGGAAUCAUUGCAGAGGACGACAUCAAGCCGGUCUACGACAAGGAGAAUGCAAUCAAGUAUCUCGUCUGGGAUGAGAACCAGUGGAUCUCAUACGACGACCAGCAGACAUUCCAGCAGAAGAUCAAGUUGUUUAACGAGAAGGGCCUAGGUGGUCUCCUUAUCUGGGCCAUCGACCAGGAUACCCGGAAUCUCGAUGCCCUUCGUGGUGUUCUGUACCCUGAGGACGUUAUCAUGACGGACAGUAUGAAGGAUGACACCAGCUACUGGGAGAGCCAGCAUCCCGGUGACUGUAGAACUACGGAGUGUGGUAAGCCCUGUGGUCCGGGCACCGUUGAAAUGGACACUUUUAAAUGCCCUGAUGGUGGGGAUAAAGGUGACUCCCGCAUCUGCUGUCCUAUCGCUGCUGCUCCUGACCCGCAAACCUGCCACUGGCGUGGUGGUGAGUCUGGAAGUCUUUGUAACGGGCAGUGUCAUGGUGGUGAAGUGGCCUUGGCUUCGGCCGUUGAUGGAGGCAACGGCCACUGCUCAGAUGAGGUUGCUGCUGGUGGCGGGAUUAACUGCGGCUGGAAGGACACGUGCUCGGACGACCAAGAGCCCUUGACGUUUGCCGGAACAUUCUUGGAGGCUGUCUCCGAUGUGUUGGAUUUCACCGGCUUGGUUGGCCAAGCCCUGGCUGAUUACCUACGCGACGUCGACAUGGAAAACGAACGGCAAUACUGCUGCUCCAAGGAAGAAAUCCAGAACUGGAAAGACUGCUACUGGGCUGGAAGAGGUGGACGAUUCGCGGAUAGCUGCGACGACAACCACUGCAACACCGGGCACGAGGUUGAGCUUACCCUAAGUCCGUAUGGCGAAGGAGAGGACUGUAUGCCUACUUCCCGCCAACGAGCCUUCUGCUGCACGCCUGCAAGUGGUGAAUCGUUGUUCCUGCCAGUUCCGUUGGAGUAUCUCUUUGAGAACCCUCCGGAAAAUGCUGAUGACCCGGAUUUCAACCUCUCGGUGGAUGACACCUGGGGCACUGGUAACGCUAAGGGUGAUUCCGAAGAGGAGCCUGAUGAUGCUGCUUUCGGAUUCGUGGUUAUUACUGCUCCUGAGGAGGUCCAAGUCAGCUUGGACAAGCGUGAUGGCUCGCCCUGGGAGUUGAUGGAUUGCCCCGACACCGAUAGCGAAGAGGAGCAUACCAUCCGCAUGGUUUGUACCGAGUCUAGCGAGGACAGCAAGUGUGACCACAUUCACCGUGGACAGGGCGCUCCUGGCACUAUUCUGCAAAUGCCUAAUGGCUGUGGCCCUGGUCGUUACGCCGUCGCGAAGGAGUUCAAGGAGUCCCAGAACCAGACCCUCCCCGGACAUCUGAACAAGCGUGACCUUGCUAGGAGAUCUGUCUACGACCUGACAUUUGACUAUGACUUCAAGCGCGUCCCUCGUGACUACGGUGACGCCAUGAUGCGCAUUGACUAUAGUAACCAGCCUGGAUACUGGGACUCUGUUGUUGACAGACCCGGUGGUAGUGAUGCCGAGCGAAAGAGCAAACGCGCAAAGCGAGAUGAAUCUGGCUUCCACAAAAACCGCAAGCGCUGGCUCGAAGAGGAAUGGCGCGAUGCGUAUCACAAUAAUGGUAUGGAACGCCACGAGAUCCACAAACGUUGGUUCGGCGAGGAUAUUCUUAACUGGCUCAGUCAACUGAUCACUGUUGGCGAGGCCGAGGCCACAAAGGAGCUUAACCAUAAAGUUAAUGAGAAGGUCGAGCUCAUCCUGAUAGAUCAGCAGUUUGGACCGUGUCCUGUUGGUCCGGCCCAGGCCCAGGCGAACAUUCGAUCCACCAUUACAGCUGAGAUUGACGUUGAGACCUCCUUCGGUAUCACCAUCAUCACCACCCUUACGCAGGGAAUGGAUCUCAGCAGAUCCUAUCUCUACUUCCGAAACGCCGGAGAGGUCAGCGCCAAGUUUGAACUUGAUGCCGUCGCCUCCCUAACCUACUCUACCGGUGAUAUCAAGCUACUCGGUCUCGACGACUUCCCCGGCGCCACUUUCCGCGUGCCCGGAGUCGUCACAAUCGGCCCUAACCUCGCCGUCUAUGCCUCCGCAGAUGCCUCCCUUGUCUUAGCGGGCCACCUCGAGGCAGACGUUACCCUCGCAUCGUGGGAAAUCCAACAGACGUACCCUCAAAGCGACGAACACCCAGACCAAGCCCUCGACGAGCCUGACCGCGAAGCCAAAACCAUCGGCAAGCCCUCGUUUGAUGCCUCUGUCACUGCCAACGGCGAAAUCGCCUUACAUCUCAAGCCCACUGUCAGCUUUGGAAUCGACUUCGAUGAUCGAUGGAAGGUACCCCGGUGCGCCGUUGAUCUUGUCCUGGACGGCUAUGUGAUCGGACAUGCAGAAGCCCACUACUCACUCAACGGCGACAACAGCUGCCCCUUCAGCUAUGGCAUUGAUGCUGGCUCGGCAAUGUAUGCCCAGCUGGACGCCCCUGAUGAGUUCGGUUGGGGUGAUGACCUCCGUGUCACACUCGCGGAGGUGCCGAGGAAGCAAAUCACGCCUUCGACUUGUGUGGGCAAGGGUGACAAAGAUAAGCGAGCUUGGAUAGGCUAUGAGGCUUUCAAUUCCUCUACGGAAGAAUUCAACCCGCGCAGUGGCGGAUUCAUGCGUAUGCCGGAGUAUCACGCGGUUGCCAAGCGCGACACACUUACCCUUGGGCCGUUGGUGACUGUCCCCGAUCGCUUCCUUAAUUGUCCUGGGGAAGGUGGUGGGAAGAACUUCUGCGUGCUGUGCUCAAUGUUUGGCGAGGAUAGCAGCGACAGUGAUAACCCCAAACAAGAGGUUCCGUCCCUGUUCCGUCGCGACGAAGAUGAUUCCUGUCCUUACUACCCGCCUGGCGAUGGCGGGAAGUGUUACGAUUCGGACUCCACGCUUUUUGAACGUGCGGACCCGCAGGAGACCAAAGUGAUGACACUGAGUUUCGUGAAUAAUAAUGCAGAAUUUGCGUAUCUGAAGUAUCCCCGGUGUAACGCGAAGAACGAUGGGCCGUCGGGUGUGGCGAAAUGGUAUCUUCCCGAGUUCAUGCUCUCUAGCUCAAAGAAUAUCAACGACAACCGACGGUGCUCGGCAAAGACAACAAAGGAGAACACCGUCCAGUCAGCGAACAAUAAGUACCUCGUCGAUAAUAACGCGAAGCUACCGGCUUCGGACUUCCGCUCGGAGCACAUCUUCGAAGUACACCUAAUAAGUCAUUUCCUUGAGUGGGUGUGCGGGGGAACGACAGAACUCACGUAUGGGCCAAACACCAAGCUUGAGUUCCCUACGGGUUGGACGCGCCCUGAUUCUGCUUGGUGCCUGGAUGUGUUUGGAGGUCCCAGUGGUGGAAUGACUUGGUCGAGGAACAACGGUCCCAACAAGAACUGGGUCCAACAUACGGCCGACUUCCUAGGAAGUGGCGCCAACCUUGACCUGCUCGUUCUCUAUCACAAAACGCCCAACGGAGUCAAACAGGUCAUCACCGAAGGAAAAAAGUCUAGUCUGCCGGGCGGUGCGAAGAGUGUAGCGGACAAGGUCAUGAUGAGCGCCACUGUUUUCGACUACCUGCGAGAGCUCAGCGACAAAUGGACCAAGCCCAGCCAAAACGUCGAAUUGAUAUCUGACGAAUUCGACACGCAAUACACCCGCCAAUAUGUCAACACCAAACCGGCGGGCAAGGCGCUCGGAAUGCCUAAGGCCCCCCGCGAUGUCAAGCACUGGGGCUUACGUACCCUAUGGGCCUACUGGAUCGACAGGCACCUGGACAAGGUUGAACAGGUGCAGGCGGAUUGGCACAAGACUGCUAAGGGCAAGAUGGAAGGCUUAGGCGUGAACGACCCAAACGCGAAGAAGUUUGCAGCCCAAACUAUGAUGACGGGCGAUGCAGCAGUGGGGAACUUCAAGUUCCCACAGAAAAACCCGGGUAAGCCACUUCCCGGUACUGCGACAAGUUCAUCAAAUGAUCAGAGUAAGUACGGAAUGUGGGGAGACAAUCAGCUAGGAAAGCUGGGCCUGUAG